AUGAGGGAGUCCAAGGAGUCCCCAAACAUUACAUCCAUACGUAAGGUGAUAACAUUGGCUGUCAUUAUAUUGAUGGCCGGUAUUGGAUACCCAUUGUUCACUUACACCACUUCCAUAUAUCGUGCUGAAUUACCAGUGGAUCAAAUCAAUAGUUAUGACUUGUCACUGAUGGAGUUUAAGAUACCUGUACACGUUAACACCGUAAUAGAUGGAAAUGGCCUCAGAUCAAAGUUUAAGCUGCUAUAUCCAGAUUUGGCACAGAACUGGGUGGUUGAACUUGUUGAUAAUGUUCACGCAAAGUAUACAGUCAAUGUGCACCAAAAUGCAAAAGAAUUCAGCGUCGAAACUAAUGACAAAACAAUUGAUGUAAGCCUACGACCUCAAGAUGAUGUGAAUGCAUCUGUCCAACAAGCUCUAUUUGCACAUGUGUUUAAAGAUGAAUUAGAUAUGUUUGUUGCAUUGAAACAUCGUCGAUCAACCUCGGACAUAUCAUUCGCUUAUAAUGGCAAGUAUAGCUUGGUAUUUUCAUUGCUUGUCGAGGAUGGAAAGAAAAUUAAUUGGCAAAUAAAAGAAGCCCUUGAGGAGUUCGAGCCAGUUCUUGCAUAUUUACAAAACAUCACCUCAUUCACAAUAACUACACAAAUUCAAUACUACUCCAACCUCAAAGGUCUUUACCCUGAUGGAGUUGUCACUCAAGAUGACCUAACCACAUUUGUUGACUUUGGUGGUUGGAACCUUGUCAAUUUAGAUAUCAACCCAACCAUCAAUUUCGUAACUUUCCUCCCAAUACAACCACUUUCCAUUGCUGAUUCCGAAGCCAAUUCGUUCUUGAUUUCACAAUGGGGUGGCUUUAAGAUUUAUAAUAGAGGAUUACCGUCAAUGACAAAUGCAACUUUAACUGCCGAUGAAUUGAUACCCAUUAUGAAUACUUUCGCUAAUCAGCUAUUGCAACUCCUUGGCUUCCCCAACGGCAAUCAGUCAUUGACAAUUAAAUUAGACUCAUUGGAACGAUUACUAGUUUACCAAAAUGUUCAAAGUUCCAUCGACAAUUUGAAAUCCUUGGUGAAAUUGUCGCAAUCUUUAAACGAAAUUACGGUGCCGGAAGAGACUCGUCAACAAGUCCUAUACAGUCUUGAGAAAGUAGAUGAAGCCUUAAAGACAAAGUCAGUAGAAGCUGCUGCUCAAGCCGAACUGGCUUCUAAUAAGGCCUUUUUUGAAAAGGAAAUGGUUCAACAAGCCUAUUUCCCGAGUGAACAUAAGUUAGCUGUAUUCUUGCCAUUGUUGGGACCAAUUGCUUCAAUUGUCAUUUUCAAUACUGUAAAGUUGAUAAAAGGAAACUAA